CCGAAGGUAUCCCAUCCGUCCCGCGGAAGAUGUCGUCUUCUAUAAAUUAAGCCUGUAAAGUCUCCAUCUCCACGAGCCUCACUACAAUUCCAAAUCCUAAAUCUCGCGCCUGCGCCCCCCCAAUUCCCCAAUUAACACAACUCCAUGUAAACCACGCUUGUGUUGUAUUCUUCCACCGGUACGGCACACGAAACGGAAUCUUCCACGGCAUCUCCCAUUCUCGAUCCUCAGCAUCUUCUCACAUAUUCCCUGCAACCAACGGCUCAGAUUCCUCCAUCAUUCCUACAUAUAUUUACAUAGCCCCCUCCCCCUUCGCUAAAAAAAAAAUUACACCCUUCCCCCAUCGCCAAAUGGAGCUGUUCCGCACGCCGACGGAAGAUUUCCUCGUUUCCUCCGCCGCCGGCUCCAUGUGGCCUUGGUUAGCCGUUCUCACCGCCGCCGUCGGUCUCUGGCGUAUCCGUGCCGUCGGAUCCAAAUACGAAACUCGUUCUCCUAUCUCUCCCUCGCCGCAGCCGCCGCCGAUUACGGCUCCGUUUGAGAAAGCUUCUGUCUUUACAAACGUUUUCGGAAUAUCUCCGGACGCCGAAGUGGAAGAACGGAAAAGUUUUGCCAUUUCAGAAUGCUCUGAGAAAUUCGGUUCUGCAACGGGACAUUUGAAGGAGCUUCGCCGAAGGGAACCUAAGGAACUGAUGGCUCGGACCGUGGAGGAGAUUCCGACGACCAAGGAACGGUUCACAAUGGUGUUCUCACUCGAUUCAGCGGAGGACAGCUGCGACUGCGGGGGCAUUGAGUGCGACGAGACACCGGAAGAAGAAGAGGAACUCGUCGGCGGCGGAGAUGCUGACGGAGAGGUGGUGGCUCCUUUUGAGCGGUCGGAAUGGAUGGGUUUGUGGGGGAGGAAGAGAAGUGAUUUUGGGUGGUACCGUUACCUGGAUAGGACGGCGAUUAACGGCAGCGUUGUUCGUCUUUGGCGUGGCGGAGUGUGUAGGGGCAGAAUGGGAAUUUAGGGUAAGGGCUCUUCAUUUGCGUAUAUUAAAUUAUGUGGUGUUAUUGUUAGUAGUAGAUGUGUUUGACGUUCCAGACUAUUUUCUGACCAAUUUGCAUAAGCACCAUUUGCGUUAGUGUGAUCAUUUAAUA